CUAUUGUCAGGAAAACUAUCUUAAGUCUUAAAUUGGACAACACAGGAAAUCAUGAGAUCUUGUCAGAUGUGAGUCUUUUUAUAAAUGAACUAGUGUUUUGCACUGAAAAGGAAACGCCCAUGUGAAUUUCGUAAGACUGUUUACAAUUCUUGGAAAACUUCAGAUCUUUGCCAGGCUGUGAUGAUCAGUUUGAUAAUAAGCUAUUACAGGUUACCAUUUAAAUAUAUUUGAAGAAUUGUUAUUUUUAUGUCGAGGAUUAAUCAAAGGUCUGAACUUUUGAUAUCUAUUUGUUUAUUGAAGCCCUUAUUUUUGCUCUUGACCUCUUUGUUUGUACAGUCUACAAGUCUGAUGAAACUGUAGAUUUAGGACAAUGAAUACUGCAAGACGGAUGAGACUGCUGAUGUGGAAGGUCCAGUUUCUCCAUUUUUGGAUAUUUUUCAUUACCCUUUCCCACCUGACCGUCAUUGCCCAACAGAAUAUUCCAUUGCCCACAUCUCAGACUGGUGAGGAUUAUGAAAAAGGAGAAGAAGGAGUCGAGGAGACUAAAGUGAGAAGUGGAAGGUUUGAGAAACCUCAUACGUCCACAGAUGAAAUGGAGCCAGAGAGACAUUAUACUAACGCAACUCAACGUUCUUUGGAGACGCAUAAACCCAGUCCAGCUCCUUCUGUUAGUACAAUCCCUCCCUCAUUGCAAGAAGUUCAGCAUAUUAACAAAAACUACCCCGCUGAUUUAUUUUCGGUUGAAGAGCGCAGACGAGGAUGGAUGAUCCUGCACGUCGUGGGGAUGAUUUACAUGUUGGUGUCCCUUAUAAUUGUGUGUGAUAAGUUUUUUAUCCCUGCAGUGGGGGUAAUCACUGACAGGUUGUCACUUCCUGAAGAUGUUGCAGGAGCCACCUUCAUGGCUGCAGGAAGGUCCAUCCCAAAGUUUUUUGGCCUCUUAAUGGGAGUCUUUAUUGAUGACAACAAUACAAGCAUUGGCAUGGUUGUUGGCUCAGCACUCUUCAACGUCUUGUUUGUUAUCGGAGCGUGUGCUUUGUGUAGUUGGGAGAGUCCUCAUUUAACCUGGUGGCCUCUUUUCAGAGACAUGUCAUUCUAUGUGCUUUGCUACGUCUUAUUCAUAAUCUUCUUCCUAGAUAAUGUCAUUGUGUGGUGGGAGAGUGUGUUGCUGGUGACCUGUUUUAUUCUCUAUGCCGUCUUUAUGAAAUUUAAUUCCCAAGCAAAGCAAGCAUUUGAGACACGACUCCAUAAACACAGAAGAUUUUUAAUGGCCAGUACUGCCGAGGACCCCAACAAGGAUGUCCCUGCAAGAGUAAAUUGUGCUGGAGACAGUGAUGAAGAUCACAGACAGAAACAUUUUGUUGUCCUUAGCGAAAAUCUGGGUAAUGAGAAUAAAGUGAAAGAAGAGGAAGCAGGAAAAAAAGAUGGACCAUUGUCUUUACGUUGGCCUCUCACGCGGUGCAAGCAAAUUUGCUACGUUCUCCUUUUGCCCAUAAUCCUCCCACUGUGGCUCACAAUCCCUGAUGUUCACAAACAGGUGGGAGAAACCUUUGGGUUCCCUUAUCUUUGGACCUUUGUGGCUGCUGUGACAUGUAACACUGACCUCAUUACCAGUCUGAUCGUGGCCCGUAAAGGCCUGGGGGACAUGGCCGUAUCCAGCAAUAUAGGCAGUAACAUUUUCCACAUCACUGUGAGUCUGCCGAUGCCAUGGCUCCUGUACUCUCUCAUCCAUGCCUUCACACCGGUGGCUGUGAGCAGUGAAGGGCUUGCCUGCGCCACUGUGCUUCUCUUCUUCUUGCACCUCUGUGCCGUUGUCUCCAUUAUAUCCUGUAAAUGGAAGAUGAACAAACUGCUGGGUGUCACUAUGCUCGUGCUCUACUCCCUGUUCUUUAUUCUGAGCAUUAUGCUGGAGUAUCGCAUCAUUGUCUGCCCUAUUGGUCCUGUGUUCCUCUGUACCCUCUACCAGCUGACCAUCAGUGCCCGACUGUAUGAGCCUUUGCCUAUGCCUCAGAUCGGAGAGGAUUUUGGAGAAGGUUCAACGGAGGGCGUGGAAGAGGCCACGGUGGAGCCUGGGGGCCUGGAGGAACCUCUCACUGCGACCCAUGAAUUAGAGCUCACAGAUCAAACAACGCCUACGAUGCAGGAGUUUAAUCAUACGGACAGGAAUACAGAUACAACCACAGAUUUCAAAGCGUCCACCACGACUCAAUCUCCACUGUUGCAAACCACAAAACGAACGAUUGUGCACUGCAUUUAUGUGGCCCCUGAACCUCCAGCAGAGACCCCCACACCAGCUCCCAUUCCUCCGGUUACCACCAGCCCUCCGGCUGCCCCUGAUGAGGCUCCCUACGUUAAGGGUGAUUAUCCCGAAGAUAUCUUCUCGAUCGAGGAUCGCAGACGGGGAUGGGUUAUCCUCCACAUUUUGGGGAUGAUAUACAUGUUUGUGUCCCUCGCAAUUGUCUGUGAUGAGUUCUUUGUGCCUGCACUGGGGGUAAUCACAGACAAAUUAGCCAUUUCCGAUGACGUAGCAGGAGCCACCUUCAUGGCUGCCGGAGGUUCUGCACCAGAGCUUUUUACCUCUUUGAUCGGAGUCUUCAUCGCCCACAGUAAUGUGGGCAUUGGCACGAUUGUUGGUUCAGCGGUUUUUAACAUUUUGUUUGUGAUUGGAAUGUGUGCUUUGUUUUCCCGAGAGAUUCUUCGCCUGACCUGGUGGCCACUUUUUAGAGAUGUGUCAUUCUACAUCUUUGACCUCAUCAUGCUGAUCAUCUUCUUCUUGGAUAAUGUCAUAAUGUGGUGGGAGAGCAUGAUGCUGGUGGCCGGUUACUCUGUCUAUGUUGUCUUUAUGAAGUAUAAUGUGCAACUGGAACGAGCAUUCAAGAGCCAACUCCACAAGCACAAGAUCAUUGUGAAAGUUAUUGCCGUGGAAGAACCUGAGAAGACAAAUGGGGACGAUGAAGAUAAUGCCCCUCCCGCUCCAGAGGACAAGAAUCUGUUAAAGUUAAAGCCAUCUCUUCAGCGAGGGGGUAGUUCAGCUUCUUUACACAACAGCACCAUGAGAAACACCAUCUUCCAACUCAUGAUUCACACAUUAGACCCUCUUGGAAAUGGAAAGUUUAAAGAAAAGGCUGAGUCUCUGACAAAUGUGGCUAGACGGAAGUCAGAAUCCAAAUCUCAAGACAAAGGUGAAGGAAGUGGGGGGAAAACUGAUCAGCCCAAAGAGCCAGAGGCUGCCCCGGCCGCAGACACAGAGAAGAAAGAACAGCCAGAGGACAAGAAGGAUGAUGUGCCGGCAGAACAAGGAAGCGACGAUGGUUCAGAUGAUUCCAACAGUGAUGACGAGGCCAGUGAUGACGAGGCCAGUGAGGAUGACAGCGAUGAGUCCAGUGAGGAAGAGGAGGAGGAAGUGGAGGAAGUGGAAAAUGUGGAAGAAGAGGGGGAGAAAGAAGAUGAGCCUCUAACCUUGCAGUGGCCUGAGACUCGGCGUAAGCAAGCCACUUACCUCUUCCUGUUGCCCAUAGUCUUCCCUCUGUGGCUCACAGUUCCUGAUGUUCGCAACCAGGUGGGAGAGACCAUCGGGAUCUCAGAGGAGGUUAUGGGCCUGACCAUACUGGCAGCCGGAACCUCUAUCCCUGACCUCAUUACCAGCGUGAUUGUUGCUCGUAAAGGCCUUGGGGAUAUGGCUGUAUCCAGCUCUGUGGGCAGUAACAUCUUCGACAUCACCAUGGGUCUCCCAGUUCCAUGGCUCUUGUACUCAUCCUUCAACGGCUUUGCUCCAGUGGCCGUCAGCAGCAAUGGACUCUUCUGUGCCAUCGUGUUGCUCUUCCUCAUGCUCCUCUUUGUCAUAAUUUCUAUUGCAGCCUGUAAAUGGAAGAUGAAUAAGGUGCUGGGUUUCACCAUGUUUCUUCUGUACUUUAUCUUCCUGGUGCUCAGCGUCAUGCUGGAGGAUCGUAUCAUAUUGAAAGUGCUGUUCAGCAUUCUCACAAUGAUGCGGAUCAGAAUAGCAGACAGCACAGUAAAGCCCGCACCUGCAGACUUUCUGCUCAGUCAACUCAGGCCCCAGCAGCUGGAUGAUCUGGCUCAUGGGCUGGUAGACAUCACUUUUCUUAAUGCUCCUCACAAAGCCCUGCAGCAGCUCCACAGUGAAGACCUGGCCCUCUUCACACAGCCCCGAGCGGAUCAAGGAGUUGGCACCUAA